CUAGUCUUGGGCUAACGGAAUUUUUCUCUAAACUUUUUGGCAGUUGAAGUUUACUGUUAAGUUGAACGAGCUGAAAUCAACAACGGGGCAAAGCUAUAACAAGAGCCUAAGACGUAAGAUGGAUGAAAUGGUUUGCAACUUCAAGAAGUGUCGGAAGAGACUCAGUUCAUUUGCAUGGGUCACUUCAUGCUCUCACAUCUUCUGUGAUGAAGAUGGCACCAAAGAAUUCAACAAGUGCUUUGCCUGCCCUGCUUGUGAAACCAACUUAUCAGGGAAGUUUGACAUAGUCCGCAUCGAUCUUUCACCGACGGAGCAGUACAAGUCUAUGGUACUUGCGGGGCAGAAACCAGACACCAUAUUGGAGGUGUGCACAAGAGCCAUGGCCUUCUGGACGUACCAGAUCCAGCAAGAGAGAAUCUACCAGGACUACAUCGCUAACAAGUCCAAAGAGCGAAGCACGCUGCAGGAGCAGUAUUAUGAGCACACAGUCACUAAGCUACAGGCAGAGAAUGCAUCCCUGAAGAACCAAGUUUCAGCUGUUAAAAAAGACCUGGAAUCUUCCAAGAAGCGGUCACAUGACCUGGCAGACAAGCUGACAGAACGCACCAGACAACAUCAGAAACUACAGAUAAUACAUGAUGCAUUGAGAAGACGGUCCAUUGAUGUCAGGACACUGGACCCCAGUGCAUCACAUGAGGGCCUAGGUCGGAACCAGGCAGCACCCCUGGUCAGCUAUGAUCACCCAUUCUCAUCUGGGGACGAGAGCACUGGCAGAUCUGUGAGACAUCGUGGAGGAGGUGGCGAUAAUAUGAGAGUGAUGACACCAGCGGAGAAGGAGUUUGUAUUGCGUCCCACCAACACGCCCAUCCAGACCGGGCCCGCGACAUCAACUGCCUUUACAAUGCAGAACCGCUUCAGUAUGGAGUUGGGAACACCCAAUGAGAUCGCUCGUAGACUGGGACACCGCAAGACCUGAUGACUAGUCAACCAAUCAGAUCCCCCGCUCAGUUUUGUUGUUGAUUCAACACCAAGUUGAAAUAUCAAGUUUCUAAAAACUACUUCAUCAAUUAAACUGGUCAAAUUUCUAAACUGUGGAGUUCUGUUGCUCAAUUUUACUGAGCUACCAAGAAUAAAAUAUAUUGCUUGGCAAUUUUAAGCCAAAAUUAAUCCAAAACCAGUCACGAGUGUUGGAAAUCACAUAUAGACAAGAAAGCAGAAAAGGUUGACUCAUACAUAUCCAAGCACAACAAAGCCAUUGUCUUCUAAGAUGGCUGUUAUAGCUUAAGGUCUAUUAUACCUGAUAAGUUGUUUCUGCCAAGUCAAUGUUUUGUGGUCAGCAAAAUUCUGUGCUCAUCAGCUCUUUGAAAUUGAGCCCCAAGUCUCCAAUUUAAGUUAACCAAAGUUUGACAAUGAGGUAGAAGGGUCAUGUACACUCAUAACAAGUGUUUCUUCACUAACAGGGUGUACAAAGAGUAAAACUGUACUUGUUCCAUCAUGAUUAAAUACUGUACAAAUUUGGUGUAAAAAAUAGUUUUCAGAAUUGUGUACUUUCUUCACAACUUCUCUUCCAUUUUGUUUGAUGAUGCACACACACAAUGAAUGUUCAUUCUGACCCCCAAUUCAUUAAAUCUAAUGCCCACACAAUUGGAAAACUGAACUGGCUUAGCACUGAGCAACCGUGCCGUUGAAUAACAACUCCAAGAGAAUCAAACACAUUCACACUCAAAGGGAUUGCUAGUUUUUAUUACUAAAAACACCCUCAAUUUCCAAAGUAAUCUAAUUAACUAACUCAGCAGACCUAUGGUCUCUGGAAUGCAUCUUACAAUGUAAUCGUUCACAAUCAACUAUUCUUUAAAAGAAAAAAAAACAUUGUUGGACCUUUAUUAAACCUGUUAUUAUUCAAUUUAUGUUUCAGCAAUUUGUUGAGUUAGUAACAUGAAGUUGUCUCUAAAAUAUAGCAAAAGUGUGGAUGAAAAGUGGUAAACUAUCUUUAUUAAAUAGAUAAAAAAAAAUUAAAAAAAACUAGGUUUUAAAUGAAUAUUCAAUAUUCGCUCUAAAGUUGUCCUCUUUAGGAUUACACUUUAAAACCAACACAAACAGGAAAAAAGAUUAAACUGCACAUGAUUUGACUUUUAUGCAGGUCAACUUUGUCACCUGUGGACAAAUAGUAGGGAUUGAUGCAAAACCUUGCAGGCAAAUAUAUUUCAUUUGAUCAAAAUCCACAGUAUUUCUUUUGUUUCAACUUCCAAUUCAUCAAGUAAAUAUCUGUUGGGAAAUAUUUCAGGGAAAGCGAAGGGAAACUUGCAAACAAAAAUGGAAGAACAAGCCCUUUUGUAUUUUCUCAAUUAAAGGGCUUGACUGAGGUAGAACUGCGUAUUUGGUAUAAUUAUAAUUUCGCAUUAUUGGGGGACAAAAUCAGGAUAAAAGGGGGACUUUUGCAAGCUUUCAGGAGUAGUUUUUGUUGAUACUCAUCCAUGUCCACAGCAUCAUAAAAACCAUGUUUCAACUUCCAAUUCAUCAAGUAAAUAUCUGUUGGGAAAUAUUUCAGGGAAAGCGAAGGGAAACUUGCAAACAAAAAUGGAAGAACAAGCCCUUUUGUAUUUUCUCAAUUAAAGGGCUUGACUGAGGUAGAACUGCGUAUUUGGUAUAAUUAUAAUUUCGCAUUAUUGGGGGACUUUUGCAAGCUUUCAGGAGUAGUUUUUGUUGAUACUCAUCCAUGUCCACAGCAUCAUAAAAACCAUGUUUCAACUUCCAAUUCAUCAAGUAAAUAUCUGUUGGGAAAUAUUUCAGGGAAAGCGAAGGGAAACUUGCAAACAAAAAUGGAAGAACAAGCCCUUUUGUAUUUUCUCAAUUAAAGGGCUUGACUGAGGUA